GCAAUUUUUGACAACGAUGUGGCGGAAGGCUGUGCCGUCGCGGCGGCGAUGGAGUGCCCUCUCCAUCUUGGAACGACGCUGUAUGAGCAAAGAUGCGGCACCAUUGAAUGCAUGGAACUUCCCGUGCCCAGUAUGCGGCCAAAUGAAGGCUGGCCAUGUCCUUACCUGCUCGGCCACAUGCGAGUCCACUUUGGCCACCGACCACGCCGACACUCACGCGCGUCUUCUCACACUGAAGGACGACUUGGAGUGCGCUAGGUCUCCGGACGUGCGUGCUUUGUUUCAUCAGUUGGAAACGCAAGCGCUGCCCUCGUCCACGACAUCAUGGGCCGACAUGCUUGCCGAUGCUGGCGUUUCUUCGCAUCUGGCCCAUGACCCUGCCGUCACUCGGUUGAUUUCCGCCGCGUACUCGUAUCCUAUGACCCUUCGCCACUAUUUGCCAGCUUUGCUUCCUUCCAUCUCUUCUUCCAUUGACGCAGCACAUCGCGUGUACAUUCUUGGCGCGCGAGCUGAAGCCACCAUGCCGCGCCACCUCUGGACCCCAUUGCAUCCGUGGCGACUUGACAUUUCCCUCAUCGGCAACCACGUGCCCGUGAUGCGCUCGACUCCUCCUUCCCCGCCAUCCUCCUCAUUGAACCUGUCGUUUCACAACGGACUCUAUCACGACCUCGACCUGCCAUCUCCGCAUGCGUUUGUCCUGUUCAACCCUGGCCUCGGCCAUCCCGCGCUGCGCUCCCAGUGGCGGCCCACCCUCGCGCGGGUCCUCGAGUCUCACCGUCCGAUCCUCCUCACAUCCUUUAGCGACGAAGAUCUGCAGCGCGAUGUCCGCGUCCUCGAGACCGCCGGUCGGCGCAUCGACAUUGCCGAGAAUCCAUUUGGCAGCACCAAGGCCUCGAUAGACCCGAUGCAUCUGGUCGCCUCCCCCGUCCAUUCGAAUCGAUUUGUGUGUGUAGUACAUUAGCCUCGUUACUCGUCCUUGUCGUGUUUGCG